AUAAAAAGAGCAACAGGUUGAAGGAGAAGAGCCAUCGAGUCAUUUGAUCGCAGCGAGGUAGCCCAGCAGCCCCAUAUCAUUUUCUAUCCGAAAAUCAUGAAGACCAUUUUCGCCUUUGCCGCCACGUUGGCUCUUUUGGGACUGGCUGUCGCCGCUCCCGCUGAGGAGAAGAAGGAUGACGUUGAAGGCCGCAUCGGAUAUGGCGGCGGCGCCUACGGCAGCGGCUUCAACCGCGGCGGUAGCUUCGGUGUCGGCAGCCAGGGCAACCGUUACGGACAGGGAGGCUUCGGCUACAACGUCGGCGGCUCUAACCGCCGCGACUACGGCAACGCAGCCACCUACGGAGACCGCGAGUCCUUCGGCCUGAACCAGAACGCCGGCCACAACCGCCAGUUCGGCCAGGGUAGCUACGGCAACCGCCACCACAACAACGCCUUCGGCUCUGGCGGACAGCGCCACUCUUCCGGCGGCAGCUACCUCGGCUGAACUGUCAACUAAUCUUCACUCACCAAAGAAUGAAUGGCACGAACGGACCGGCGCUUUCGACUAGAAAGAACGCAACACUGAAAAAUCUUCGAUCUAAGUCAGAAAUCUGCACUAGGAGCCAGUACGAAGACAUCGCAGUGAAUAAACAUAUUUAUUAAAAGAAGAAA